AUGCAGCUACCCCCAAAGAUUAAGGUACUUGAAUUUCAGAGGUACUACGGCACCACCGACCCUCAUCACCAUCUCCGUCACUACCGGGGAAAAAUGCUGCAGUACUGGGACUACGAAGAGUUCGUCAUCCAUACGUUCCAGGAUAGUUUGGCAGGAGCGGCUCUGGAUUGGUAUAUGUCACUGAAAGCUGCAGAUAUCCCUACGUGGACAGACCUCUCGAGCAAAUUUAUCGACCAAUACAGGUACUGUGCGGAGACGCCCCCGACUCUGCUGGAGCUCAGCACGAUGGAGAUGACCGGUGACCAGGGCUUCGAGGCCUAUGCAGUGAAGUGGCGGGCUAGAGCGGCGAAGCAUGUCCCUCCGAUCAUUGAGGCACAACAGAUCCAAUUAUUUCACUCUACUCUUAAAGGGGCCUACUACUUGCACUUGUUGGCCCACACGUCUUCAUUCUCCAACCUUAUCGACGCCGGAAAGAAGCUCAACAUCGGCAUUAAGCUCGGCAAGAUAGAAGGUCCGGCCGAGAAAAAGGAGGGAGAGUCCUCGAAGAGGGCCGCCACUGGGACAGCGGGAAACAGGAAAGGGAAAGACACGUCCGUCAACACUGUCAACUCAGGGCACCAGGCUCCCCCGCAAUAUUCCAUAAGUUACACGCCCGCACCACCGGCCACUCAAGCGUAUGCCCUACCCUCGAUGCAUUAUCAACAACAACCCUCCAACGCAGCAAGCUUACUAUUCCGCUCCGCCGGCUUCCUUUCCGUCGUCGGUCCCGCAGCAAUACGCCCAUAA